UGAACCACGUGACCCCUCUUCUGACUCCAGCAGCCAUAAUGGAAGCUAGCCGCGUGCAGCCCAUCAAGCUCGCCCGGGUUACCAAAGUCCUGGGAAGAACAGGAUCUCAAGGACAGUGUACCCAGGUUCGUGUAGAAUUCAUGGAUGACAGCAACCGCUCAAUCAUUAGAAAUGUAAAGGGGCCUGUCCGAGAGGGAGAUGUACUCACACUUUUGGAAUCUGAGCGUGAAGCUAGGAGAUUACGCUAACGUGACUGAUUUUGCUGUGCUUACAAAGGAUGGGUUUUGGACAGACUGGAGAUACCCAAGGGACAACAUCGUGAUUCUCUGACUGUAAAAUAAAAACUUAAAAAUGUU